AUGGCCUCGGGGGCGCCCGGGGAGCGGCUGCGCGAGGAGGCGCGCUGCCCCGUGUGCCUGGACUUCCUGCAGGAGCCGGUCAGCGUGGACUGCGGCCACAGCUUCUGCCUGCGCUGCAUCUCCGAGUUCUGCGACCGCGCCGAGGGCGCGCCGGGCGGGCUCUUCUCCUGCCCGCAGUGCCGCGGCCCCUUCGCGCGCGGCGGCUUCCGGCCCAACCGGCAGCUGGCGGGGCUGGUGGACGGCGUGCGGCGCCUGGCGCUGGGCGCGGGCGCGGGCGCGGCGGGGGCGCAGCGCUGCGCGCGGCACGGCGAGGAGCUCAGCCGCUUCUGCGAGGACGACCAGGCGGCGCUGUGCUGGGUCUGCGACGCCGGCCCCGAGCACCGCGGCCACCGCACCGCGCCGCUGCAGGAGGCCGCCCGGCGCCACGAGGCGAAGCUGCGCGCGGCGCUGGACCUGGUGCGCAGGGAGGAGCAGGAGGCCCUGGCGCAGGAGGCCAGCGUGGCCAAGAAGACCGUCCUCUGGAAGGAGAAGGUGGAGGCGCAGCGGCAGCGCGUGCGCCGCGAGUUCGACAAGUUCCGCGGGCUCCUGGCGCUCGAGGAGCACCGGCAGCUGCGGCGCCUGGAGGACGAGGAGCGCGCGACCCUGCGGCGCCUGCGGGACAGCCGCGGCCAGCUGGGCGGGCAGGCGAGGGCGCUGCGCGAGCUGGCGGAGGAGCUGGAGGAGCGCGGCCGGCGCCCGGCCCUGGGCCUGCUGGAGGGGGUGAGAGGCGCCCUGAACCGGAGCAAGGCCAUCGCGCGGCCGGAGCCCGAGCCCAUCCCCAUGGAGCUGAAGACGCUGUGUCGCAUCCCGGGCAUGCGGCAGAUGCUGCGCAGGUUCCAAGAGGACAUCAAGCUGGACCCCGCCACGGCGCACCCGAGCCUCCUGCUGACCGCCGACCUGCGCAGUGUCCAGGAUGGGGAGCUCUGGGGGGACGUCCCCAACAACCCUGAGCGCUUCGACACGUGGCCCUGCGUCCUGGGCCUACAGAGCUUCUCCUCCGGGCGGCACUACUGGGAGGUGGUGGUGGGCGAGAAGGCAGAGUGGGGCUUGGGGGUCUGCGAAGACGCCUUGCCGAGAAAGGGGGAGACCACGCCGUCUCCUGAGAACGGGGUCUGGGCCAUGUGGCUGCUGAAGGGCAAUGAGUACAUGGUCCUGGCCACCCCGUCCGUGCCCCUCCUGCACAUGCAGCGGCCGCGCCGCGUGGGCAUCUUCCUGGACUACGAGGCGGGCGAGGUCUCCUUCUACAACGUCUCCGACGGCUCCUACAUCUACACCUUCAGCCAGCUGUUCUCUGGCCUCCUGCGCCCCUACUUCUUCAUCUGCGACACCUGUCCUCUCGUGCUGCCCCCGAUGACGGCCGCGGACUCAGAAAGCUGGGCAUCGGGGGGCCCUCUGGACCCUGCCGGUCGUCUUGGGGACCAGCUUUCCUGAAACCCCACGUCGGAGAGUUCUAAACCUGGCCAAGGGCCCGAAUGCAUUGGGGCCACACACAGGCACCCCAGAAUGCCCCCUUCAAGGGGCACACAGCGGCAGAACAUUCCAGAACACACACGGGUCUAUGUUGGGAGGUGCCGGGAACUGUUCUAGAAAGGGAGCCCCCUCGUCGCCUGCCUCACGAGGUUCCCGCUUUCUGCAAGUCUUUCUUGAGAGGGAGAAGCUCGCGCCAGCGUUCCUGGAAGUCUCCGGCUCCUCCCCACAACCUGCAGCCCAGCCU